GGCUGUGGCGCGGCUCCGACACGGAGCUGGCGCGCAUGGUCAGCGGCCAGGAGGCGGGUCGCUUCGUGCGCUCGCUGGAGCGGCACACGGACGAGGUGCGCACCGACCCCGCCGGUCGCGCCGUCACCGCUGCAGCAGCAGACGAUCCGAUGGCGGAGCUGGAGCCGGAGCCGAAGCCGCGCUGGAACAAGGGCCAGUCGUUCCGUCGGCGGCUCAACCGACGCGCGCUGUCUCCGUCGCCGGCCGCCAGGGGCGCUGCGGCGCCACCGGACGCCGAGGCUGGCGGCGGGCCGCUGCUGGGCACGGGGUACGACGAGAGCCUGGAGUCGUCCGAGCGUGCCUGCCAGGCGGCCGGCGCCGGCAGCGAACAGGCGGAGCGGGCGGCGGCUGACGAGGGCGGCCGCGCCGCCUCCUGGGCGCUCUCCUUCGAGCAGCUGCUCGCUGACCAGGCCGGACUGCACACGUUCGCCGAGUUUCUCAAGAGCCAGUUCAGCCACGAGAACAUCUACUUCUGGGUGGCGUGCGAGCGGUACAAGCAGCUGCCGGAUGGCGAGGCGCGCCGUCAGGUGGCGCUGCAGGUGUACGGCCGCCAUCUGUGCUUGGGCGCGCCCGAGCCCGUCAACGUGGACAGCCAGGCGCAGCAGGCGGCGCAGGACGGCCUGGACCAGGCGGCCGCCACCCUCUUCGAUAAGGCGCAGCAUCAGAUCUUCAGCUUGAUGAAGUACGACUGUUUCCCGCGCUUCCUCAAGUCGAGCAUGUACGUGGGCUGCCUGGCGCGGGAGCGGGACGGCCAGAAGCUGCCGUACCUGGGCGGCGACGAGCUCGACCCGGACCUGCGCACCCAGCCGGAGGACAAGAAGGUGGCCGGCAAGGGCGGCAAGCCGGAGGCGGCCGAGCGGCGGCGGCGCUCGCUGCUGCCCUGGCACCGCAAGGACCGCUCCAAGUCCAAGGACCGCGGUGAGGCCGACUACAAGCGCAAGAAGCGGCAGCGCGAGCGCGAGGAGACCAGCUCGGUGCGCAGCGACCUCUCGGGCAGCCGCAGCUCGCUGGCCUCGGCCGACCUGGCUGCCAUACAGCGCAGCGCCGGCAGCCGACAGUCGCUGACGUCUGGCGAGGGCGCGGCGGCGCCGCCGGUGCCGGUCGCCGCCGUACCGGCCGCCGACGUGGAGUGCCUGCUGUGUCGUGUGCGGCUGCCGGACGCCAGCUCGGCCGUGGUGCAGGCCGAGCCGGACGUGUCCGUGCGCGUCAUGCUGCAGCGCUUGGUGGACCGGCGCGCGCUGCCCUACAACUCGUGGGACGUGUACCUGGGCAACAGCGACAGGCCGCUCGACCAGUCGAUCGACUCGCGCCGGCUCGGCUGCAAGGAGAUCCGCAUGGAGCAGCGCGUGCUGUUCCGUGUCGACCUGCCCAACCACAAGACGAUCGGCGUCAAGGCCAAGCCCAACCGGCAGGCGUGCGAGGUGCUCAAGCCCAUCCUCAGCAAGUACGGCUUCAAACUGGAGGCCGUGCACGUGUUCGAGUCGGGCGGCGGCGCGCCAGUGGAGCUGAAGCUGCCGGUGACGCGGCUCGACAGCCGCCACCUGGUGGUGCGAUGGCGCGAGGAGGGCGGCGGGGAGCCGGCCGAGCCGCGCCGGCCCUUCCCCAGCCUCGACGAAAUCACCAACCGCGUGUUCGAGGACCUGCUCAACGGCAAGGCUAGCGGCAGCUUCGACGACUUCGGCGUCAUUGACUUUGACCAGAACUCCAGCAAGACGGACGCCAGCAGCUCGGACCGCUCCUGUGGCCUGCUGGCGUCGAUGGCGCGCCGCAACUCCCUGGGCCGCGAGCCGCGGCGCGCGCACCGACACCAGUCGGCGGCGGAGGCCGGCGGUGAGGCGCUGCGACCGGCGCCGCCGCCGCCGCCUCCCCAGCUGGCCGACGCCAAGGAGACGGACGUGGCGCUGUACGAGGGCCUGAAGCGGGCUCAGAUGUGCCGACUGGACGACCAACGGGGCACCGAGAUCAACUUUGAGCUGCCCGAGUUCUUGAAACGGCGUGAUGCCGUCCAGAACAAGGAGAACUACUGGCCGGAGGCGGCUGGCGCGCCGGUGCAGCAGCUGCGGCGGCGCAGCGCGGUGCGGCCACUGGCCGGCGGCAUCCUGCCCACCGACCAGCAGGCGGAGGACUACUUCCAGGCCGAGUUCGAGUCGGGCCGCCUCAGCCUGGGCCUGGGCGACAGCGGCCAGCUGGCGUGCCCGCCGAUGCCGCGUCUGACGCCGCGCCGAAGCCGGGCCGCCAGCAUGGAGAGCUGA